AUGCCGACCAAGCAGCUAGCGCUGAUAUGCGCGCUCAGUCUGCUCUACGCACAUGCGACUGCAGUGACGGACAGUCUGACUCCCCCAGUCUCGCUGAAACAAUGCCUAAACAAUACCGGCGCGACGGUGGUGUACCCCGGCGACUUGGACUAUGAUGCACUAGCACGCUCGCAGAAUGCAAACUAUCAGCCGCAUCCAGAGGUUAUUGUGAUCCCCACGUCGUCGGAAGAAGUAGCAGCGAGCGUACGCUGUGUGGCCGCUGAGAACGGGAGCGUCAAGCUCAGCCCGCGGGGAGGAGGUCAUAGCUAUGCUGCGUACAGCUCUUCGGGUGAUGUAGUCAUUGAUUCCAGUCGCAUGAAAGAGAUCAGUUUCGACGAUGACAAGAAGGAAGUUACGGUGCAAUUUGGUCAAACCUUGGGUCCAUUGGCGGUUGCGAUGGGUCAGAAAGGAUAUGCCCUCCCACAUGGGACGUGUCCUGGAGUCGGGAUUGCCGGCCAUUCCUUAGGUGGAGGCUGGGGGUUCACAUCACGGAAAUGGGGAUGGCUUGUUGACCAUAUCGUGUCGCUCGAAUUUGUUGAUGUUGAAGGGAAUAUCACACUGCUUAACGCUAGCUCAGUCGGGAUGGACGGCGAGUUGUGGUGGGCAUUGAGAGGAGCUGGAGCCAACAAUUUCGGCAUUGUGACUUCAUUUACGUAUGCUCUGGAAGCAGCCCCCACGGCAGUUGUGAACUAUGGGAUCAGCUUCUCGUCCAAGUCGGCCUGUGCAGGAGUGCUAUUGGCAGUCCAGGAGUUCGGUUCUAUCUCUGCCAACGAUGCCGAUGGCCUUCCGGUCGAGCUGGGUGGAGAGGUCGUUAUACCUGAUGCAAAUACUUGCACUUUUACUGGGCAGUAUUUGGGAGAACGCGCCGCAUUUCUGUCAGUGCUCGAUAGAUUGUUGGGCAAACUUGCAGACCGCGGAAUCGAGCCAGUCAAUUCUACGUCCUACAUCAAAGAGUUCGACGACUGGAUCGCAGCUCUCACAGACCUGAUGGGCUCGUUAGAUCAGCCUAGUACUCCCCAGCCAUACUACGCUCAGUCCCUGGUGGACGAUGGUGCCCCCAAUUAUGCAUCCUACCGUGCGGAGCUCAUCAUUGACGCUAUUGAAGACACAAAACUCCUUAAUGCUACAGAGAAUCAUGUGUCCUUUGAUUUGAAUGGACCAGGCUCAAGAACGAACCUUCAACCGACGUCCGGCGAUACAUCGUUUAUUCAUCGCGAGAGCUUGUUUCUGGUCCAAAUUUUCUCAUAUAAGUUUCCUGGCUUCAAUAAUACAGAUGCCCGUGAUCAGGGUCUCCAGACAAUUACGAAUAUUGCAGACACUAUCAAACAAGCCAAGCCGAGUGGCCAGUGGCACGCCUACCAGAAUUAUAUUGAUCCAUAUUUGGGUGAUUUUGGACAGGCGUACUAUGGUGCGAAUCUAGAACGUUUGAAGUCGCUCAAGGCCAUCGCAGAUCCAGAUAUGGUAUUCGAUUUCCCGCAGGGGCUAGGACAUGCUUGA